UGAAUAAUGUACCAUUGUUUCCACAUUCACAAAAAUUAACAAGCGUGAUUUAAUUAAGUCACUCAAUAUGUCAUGAUAUGUUAACAUAAAAUUGUAGUUUUGAAUUAAUAUUUUGUUGUAUUACUUAUAAUGAAUGUCUUAUUUUUGCUACGGAUCUUUUAGUUACAGUUUAUUUAAUCUGCAACGAGCCAGUGCUUGUGAUGUACAGUUAGCAAAUACGAUAUACUGUAACUGAAGUUCCAUAGAUGUUGAUAAGUGUCUUGCUAACUGAAGUUCCAUAGAAAGCUUACAAACAAUUAAACGCUUGAAAAUGUCAUCAACUAUUAAAAAAAAAAAAAAAGGCAGCCCGGUGCACUAAAGCUACCGCUAUGCGUGGUGUCCGGGGAAGGGCCCCACCACAAGGGUGUAUCGUACGCAGCCUUACCUUGCAUUUCUACCAGAGACUGUUUCCAAGGCUUGAACCCGUGACCUCCUGGUCACAUGACAACAACUUUACCAGUUACUCCAAGGCAUCAACUAUAGAAACUACGAAAUAUUUCUUAUUAAACUUCCAUAUUAUAUGCUAUCUAUUCAUGCUAGCUAGCCACGUAUGAUCACCAAUUUACUAGCAGUUUUUAAUCAAAAUUUUCAUUUCUUAGUAGUUAUGUAAGCGUAAGACUUUUCAUACUUGUAUAGACACUGAAAUAGUGUAAAAUUUAAUCAUAUUAUCUUGUUCUUGAGUCGAGGGUCUACCGUAACAACCUCUACCUAUGAGGUAGGGGUAAGUCUGGGUACACUCUAGCUUCCUAGAUCCCACUUUGUGGGAUUACUCUGGGUAUGUUGUUGUUGUUGUUAGUUUUAAUAAAAGGAUAUUGAGUCAAUCUGUUACUUUCUGGAUUUAAUUCAGCGCAUCACUGUUUGAUGAUUCUCAGUGUUAGUCAUGGCGAUAAAAGUGCAAGGAUGCCUUUAAAUCCAUAUUCUAACUUUUGUGAAAACAAUUCACACAAUAACAUAUGCAAUAGCUUGUAUUCUUAAAUAUUUUGGUGAUUUGUAGUCAUUAACGUGUCGUGCAUACUAUCAAUGGGAACUAGUUCCAUAAGUACAAUUAGAGAGCGAUGAAAUUUUUUAUUUUCUUCGGCUUAUGUACCUUUCAUAAGCUAACACAAUAUUUUCUAAGAUCCCCACAAGGGAUUAAAAAUAGUGAACUUUUCUGUUUUGUGGUCCAAAUUAUAACUAUCCAUGAGUCUAAGUUAGUAGCUCUUUGACAAAUCAACUCUAACCACUAUGUUCUUUGAAGAAAUAUCUAAAUGUUCUCUUUCUCUUGUGGUCCUCAUUUUAGAGAAAGCCUCCAUAUUAUGGAAAAAAGUUCAGUAAAAACUAAUUAACCCUUUAAAGCUUAUCAUGACUAAUUCCUAGUCUAGAUCCUCUAUUUUUGUGCUGAAUAGGGAUGAUUAUGUUUUGCAUAGCUAGUACUUUUAAUAUCCCAUGCAGCCCAUGAGAUUCUAAGAACCUCAGGAACACUAGCAAGGAAGAUGGCGGUUUCUAGCACCGAUGAUAUUCAGGCCACAGUUCAGAAAAAUUAUGAUAGAAUGAAUGACAUAAAAGCCUUUGAUGAUACCUCAGAUACACGUGAAACACAGUUCCUUUUUCCGGUGAUAGGCCUUGAAGGCAUUGAUAAGGACCCAAUCAAGCAUAAAGAGAUUGUGGACAAAGUUCGAGAUGCAUCAGAGACAUGGGAUUUCUUCCAAGUGGUUAAUCAUGGAAUUCCAACAUCUGUCCUGGACGAAGCGUUGCAAGGAACACAGUUUUUCAAGCAAGAUAACGAGGUUAAGAAACAGGAUACUGGAGUUCAUCUAUUUGUCCUUCGAUCUCUGUUACUAUUUGUUGUUCUUGUACCUUGACUAUCAUGUUGUGUUGUUGUGGUUUUGUUCUAUUACUAUUUGUUUUUGCUGU